AUGUCUGGUGGUCACAAGCACCGUUAUAAGAAUGCAGGCUUGAGUGCUGAUGAACUGCGUCGCCGUCGAGAAGAAGAAGGUGUGCAGCUUCGGAAACAGAAAAGAGAACAGCAGCUUUUCAAGAGAAGAAAUGUAAAUCUUCCUGCACCAAAUGCACCCGACAACUUAUUGCAGGAUGAUAUCAAUAUAUCAGCAUCUGAGGACAUCACUCCAGCCAUGGUUGCUGCCUUAUAUAGUGACAAUCCCCAAGAACAAGUUGCGGCAACUCAAAAGUUCAGAAAACUAUUGAGUCAAGAACCGAAUCCUCCAAUAGAUGAAGUGAUUCGGACUGGCAUAGUUCCUAAAUUUGUGGAAUUUUUGACUACUAUACAUCCAGUACUACAGUUUGAAGCAGCAUGGGCUCUUACAAACAUAGCAUCUGGUUCAUCGGAACAGACCCGUGUUGUAGUGGAGUGCGGUGCAGUGCCUGUGCUUGUGAGCCUGGUUGGAGGCGGCGCAAGUGACGAUGUUCGUGAACAGGCGGUGUGGGCUCUCGGUAACGUCGCUGGGGACUCGCCGCGUUGUCGGGACACCGUGCUUGCUGCUGGAAUCUUACCACCAUUGUUAGAAAUAUUAAAUAAGUAUACCAGGUUAUCUAUGACGAAGAAUGCAGUCUGGACUCUAUCAAAUUUGUGUAGGGGUAAAAAUCCGCCGACGAACUUUGAAGCUGUUGCUCCAGGAAUUCCAGUGUUGGCGCGAUUGCUACAUCAUACCGACGCAGAUGUAUUAAGCGACGCAUGCUGGGCUCUCUCGUAUCUGUCAGACGGACCGAAUGAAAAGAUACAAGCAGUGAUAGACGCUGGAGUUUGUAGGCGACUUGUGGAACUAUUAAUGCACAACAAAUCAACUGUUGUAUCGGCGGCAUUGAGAGCUGUCGGUAAUAUUGUAACUGGCAAUGACGCGCAAACACAAGCAGUACUGAACUGCAAUCCUCUACCCAACUUGCACGCGCUGUUACGGUCUAGCACAGAGGCGCUACGUAAGGAAUCAUGCUGGACACUUUCAAACAUAACAGCUGGCAAUGCUGCACAGAUUCAGGAAGUAAUAGAUGCCAACAUUUUCCCAGCGCUGAUUGAAAUUUUGAGGCAAGCUGAAUUUAAAACAAGGAAAGAAGCAGCUUGGGCUAUUACUAAUGCUACUAGUGGAGGCAGUCAUGACCAAAUUAGGUAUUUAGUUGAGCAAGGUUGUAUACCACCUUUAUGUGAGUUAUUAACGUUAACGGACGCCAAGACCGUCCAAGUCGCUCUAAAUGGAUUAGAUAAUAUAUUAAAGGCAGGACAACAAGCUGAUCAACGAGACAAUCCUUAUGCCGUCCUCAUUGAAGAGUGCUUUGGUUUGGAUAAGAUAGAAUUUCUCCAGUCACAUGAAAACCUUGACAUUUAUCAAAAAUCUUUCGAGAUUAUUGAGAACUAUUUUGGAUCUGAAGAAGAGGAUGGCAGACUUGCGCCUGCGGUGUCGUCUACUACGGACCAAUAUCAAUUCAAUACCGAUCAGUCGGUUCCUAUGGGUGGCUUCCAAUUCUAA